GCCAUUCGUUGUCCUCGCCUAUGUUCUUGCAGGUACUUCCCCGCAGUGCGCCGUAUACCUUCAGCAGUCGCACGCCAUCACUCACAGCAGCAGCAGCAGCAGCAGCAGCAGCAGCAGCCGCAGCAGCUUCUUCGAGGUCCCCUAAAAUGUCCCAGGGCAAGAUGCAGUGGCCCGAGCUCGUGGGCUUGAGCGGGGAGGAGGCGAAGCAGAAGAUCGAGGCGGAGGGCGGCGGUCUUAAAGUGCAGGUUAUACCGCAGAAUUCGCCGGUCACGCGCGACUAUCGCUUGGACCGCGUGCGCGUGUUCGUGGACGAGCAGGGGGUCGUGUCUGAUACGCCGCGCACUGGAUGACAUGGCAGGCGCGGAAGGCGGAAUAUGCAUGCCAUCGUGCUGCUCCUGUCGUUUGUGUGACGAGCUUUAUGCACCAUCCUCCUCCUUUUUAGGGGUGGCGUCCGUCUGAGCUGUUCUCGAGGGCUCCUGUCGGUUUGGGAAGGGCUCUUCUGUCAGGGUUUCAAGAAUAUACGUCGCUUGUUGAGUGGUGCGCAUCCGUUUCAUCCCCCCUGCAUAAAUAGGAACCAUCAAUACCCCCACUAUUUGGAUCAGGUUGGGAGUUGGUACCACUAGAAUUUCAGACACCACCAACAUACCUGCUACUGCAGUACCCGUCAUGUUACUUUCCUGCCUUUUGCAAUGUCAGGCAUUUCAUAUGCUGAUGUGUCCCUUUUGAAGUGUACAUGUUUGUAAAAAUGCUACAGGCAUGUGCCCAUUCGCAAAUAGGAGAUUACUUCGAACAUUGGAGAUACAUUUCAA